AUGGCUUCCUUUUUCACGACAGCCAUGAAAAGCUUCAGGGGCGGAGGUGAGGAGCAGGAGGAACCCAAGGAUGGGAAGAAGGCAGAGCUGCCCAACGGCAUGUCCCACGAGGAGUUUGAGGAAUACCAGCGGCAGCUGCUGGAGGAGAAGAUACAGCGGGACAAAGCCUUUGCACAUAAGAAGGCAGAAAGAGCCACUGUCCGGAUGCACCUUCGGGGGAAGUACCGCCUGCCACAGAGUGAACAGGAUGGUGCCCAGAUCCAAGUGGCUGGAGGAGAUGUGGAUCUCCCUGAGGAUCUGGCUGCGAUGGUGAAAGAGAAGGAAGAGGAGGAGGAAGAAGGGUCAUACUCUUUCUUGGAGAAGCUGCAGGGGAUGGAUUUGGAAGCCUUGAAAAGUAGAGCACAGGGUACAUUUGAUGAGGUGAAGGGGAAAUGCGUGCUGAUGUAA